CUUGAACUUUAUAAGAGUAAACAUUGCUGACAGUCGCUCCGUCAUAUGAAACAGCGGGCACACUCAUGUCUCUGCAGGCUGCCAGGCGUGGGGGGUUGCGUCUCUCUGUUCAUAAUUCCCCACAGCAUAGAGCCCGGUAACCUCCAUUUCACUUGUUUAGAAAACUCCCGUGAAGCUCUUGAAGCCUCCCUAUCACCUAUCCAGCCGCACUCCCUCACCCAGGUGUAUACACGGGGGGAGGCGAAAUCGCUGCACUCCUCCCGAAGUUUGAAAAGUCUUCCCAGCUCCCCCUCCCUGAUGGGAGGAGAGAGAAGGAGAGGGAGGAAAGGAAGCUGCCAGGCACCAGCACAGCCACCUACCGGGGCACAGUUCUCCCGACUCCAUGUCCUUGGAAUGUCCGCACCACAGGAGAAGGAGCCCUGUAAGAGAGCGAGAGGUGAUGAUGGUUUUGACGGGAUUAUCAGACCAGGUUUACAGGGAAGCCCCGAAAAGAAGAAACGAAAGUCUAGCCUACAGACACCUGUGAUUCCACUUAUAUCAGAAUAUGCUCCACCAGCAAACACAAGCUCAGAUCAUCUAAUAGCUUCCAAUCCUUUUGACGAUGAGUACAACAUUUCAUCUUCUCCAGGGUACCAAUUUCUUGGUAAUUCUGGAUACGUUGGAGUUGAAGAUUACGGUAGUUUUAGGAUCCCACAAAAUACAUCACCUAGAACAUCCACUCGAUUCUGUACUCCAUAUGCCUUCAGAGAUCAUUUACGUAAUUUUCCUCAGGAUGGCAUGACUAUGGCAUUUGGGAGACCUUCCUCUUUCAGCAUGGGAAUACAGGAAAAUACAAACUUUCAAAACCAAUUAUUUUUUAGCGCAGGGGUUGGUCAGACUAUCACAAUGCCAGGUCAGCACUUUAGAUGUAAUCGUAAUGAUAGCCUUAACCCUGUGUCAACAUAUAGCUCUUUUCAGUCAAACGCCUACAUAGGCCCUGGUCACCAUUUGAAUAUUAAUCAGCAGCUUGAAACAAGCCAUACUUUUCUUCAGUCACAAAGUCACCUUAUGCACCCAAAGACCACAGUAUCAGGUCGAAAUUCUAAUAUAAACUGUGCUCCUCAAAACAGCAAUCAAGAUUCUGAAUCAAUCAUACAUUCUGAUCUCUCAAAAAGUCAUAAAAGCCAUGUGAUAUGUACAGAGAAUUUCCAUUCUGAUUGUGCUGAUGUUGUUAAUGGUGGUCAAACUACUGGAAACCAUGGCAGGCUUCAUGUACCAAAGUCCUCAAAAGCUGAUGUAACAACCAAUGAGAAAUGCAACAAAUGGCUUCUUCAUUCUUCUCACUGUGGCCACUUGUCUUCAGAGUUGUUAUACUCCUGUGGAAUUUGUUCCAUAGAAGUGAGUAAUCUGCAAGAUGCCAUCAUGUGCGAAGUGUCUUGUCAGAAAUGGUUUCACCGAAGCUGCACGGGGUUGACUGAGAUUGCCUAUGCUCUCCUUACUGCAGAAACCUCAGCAAUUUGGGGUUGCGACUCCUGUAUGGCAAAGAAGGAUGUACAGUUAGUGCACACCAGGAAAUCCAUUGAAUAGUUCUUGAUAAUCCUUUGGUUUUUUUUUUUUGGCAAAUGUAUAAAAUAAGGAUAUUGUAGAGGCAAUGGUUAACGCUUGCACUAACAAUUUCCCUAAUUAUUUCACUUGAUUCUCAUUUGCUCAUUGUGAGAUAUUUAUAAAUAGAAAAGGUACUGUAUUUAACUUUUUGUUGGUUGUCCUUUUUAUGGGCCUCACAUAGCUUAUUUUGUGCACAGAGCACUUUAUCAGUGCAUUGUUAUACAGCUAUGAGUAAGGGCUUUCAUAUUCCCUCCCUCCUUUGGUUUGUAAAUCUUUAUGGACAUUAAGAAAAGCCUAUUUUAAAUGUAUCCAAAUGGUAAACAGCAAGAAAUCCUCCACUCAUAAUGUCAAUGCACAGAAAAAAAUACUGUGUACACACUUUUUUUUUAAUUUCCCUUUAAAUAUGGCAUGUUGGUGUCAUAUUGUGUGGCACAUUUCUAUAAAAAGUUCAUGUUCAUCUAAAUGUACAUGAGUUGGUAACAUUUAGCUGUGCCAACACUAUUUGUAGUGAUUUCUUAUUUUUUUUUUUUAGCAUACAGAUACUCAGGACUGAUGGAAGCAUAAUAUUACCUUGUAUUCCAUCAGCUAAAUAGACAGAGCAAAUCAGAUGAAUCAAUUGAGGAUACAUCUGAAAUUACCAUGUAUCUCACUCCUACAUUUUGGCUGAGACCAGACUUGAUCUUGUUGCCACUGAAAUGGAUCAGACAAAUUGCUGACUACUAUCAAUGCUUUUAUGUUCCAUCCUUCCAUGUUGUGAACUUCUUUCCUAAAAUCUCUUGCACUAUUUCACUAUUUUAUUUUUUCAAAGCACUUACCUGUGUAUAAUGAGUGCCAUUCCUCUUUAUUUUGCACAUUAUAAAGACAUUGGCUCAGUUAUUCCCUCUGAGCAUGAAACUAAUGAGACUCAUGAAUCACAGUUAACGGGGUAAAAUGUUUUUGUUAUUACAGGGGCUAUAAUAAAUCUGACAAAAAUCUAAACACCAGAUAUAUGAAAUCCAUUAUUCAGGCUUCUGCAAGAUAAACUACAAUGAAGGACAUUUGGACAUUACUGAUUAUGAAGUUACGGGUAUGCUUAUAGAACCAGACAACUUUUGCCUCACUUUUGCACUAUAUGUCCCAACCCCAAUGGGCAUCUAAUAUGUGACCAUGAAGUGUCUUGAAUUUUUUAAGAGCUAUGAAAUUUUGUUUAUGAUUUGUAUUUAAUUGCUAAUAGACCUUGUCAGUCAGAAUUGUUUUUGGUCCAGUAGGAUAACUGUUUCUCAUUGCCUAAAUAAGCACUUUUGUUAAUUGAUGGAUGGUUCAGAUCAAAUAAGAAUAAUUUGUGUAGAAUGUGAUUUUCAUAUUGACCCAGCAUGGCAUAUUUUAUUUGAUUUUUUUUAAUUAAAUAUUCAUAAUAAUAAUUUUUGGGUUUAGCUGAACCCUGAAUCCUUUGUAAAAGACUCGGACGAAUACCAAACGAAUCCUAAUAUGCAAUUAGGAUGCAAAUUUGGCUGCUGAAUGGUUAAAGAGAAGCAUGCGAAUCCCAAACUGAAUCCUGAAUUCGGUGCAUCCCUAAUUCAUAACAGAUUUAUUCAAAUGUUGCCAAGAUCAUUGGCUGUAAGAAUGUGUUACAGUGUACUGCCAUAUUCUGGCAGUUUCAUUAUUGGUGGAAAGUUAUACCCACACUAAUAUUAGCCUUAAUGUACUUCUGAUGUUUGAGUGCUUUAGAAAUCUUAGUAUUCAAUGCAGAUUAAUAUUAGAAGGUAUUGAAAAAAGAGAAGAAAUACAGGCUGUUCAGCUAUAGUGAGUUUGGAUAACUAUUCAGUUUUAUAGUCAUCUGUGCUGGUGAUUUGGUCUUCGUUGUUUCACUUAAGUGUGCAAGCAGUUCUUUACCAUCCUUAGAACAAAAAUACCAUUCAGGUAGACAAAGAGCACAUUAUUUUUACUGAACCCUAACGUAUCUGGGGGUAUAUUUGCUACUUGCUGUUCCAGCUCACAGGGUUAUUAGUGAUUUUUGUGAAGUGCUGGGAUCAUACUGAACAUAUUUAUUUUUCUCUCUGUGAAAUGUAUCUUAAAAUUGAGUGCAAUUCUUAAAAGAAGAAAAAAAACACCUUAUUUUAUCAGUUUAAUAAAACUUGAAUACUUGCUUUUGAAUUUGAAUUGUUUACUUGCAUGGCACUUAUUAAAAACCUUCUGGAAAUGUA